GCGUCUAAUUUCUUCCCAAAUUUUUUUAUUUUCCUAAUAGCAAUUCCAUUGCUGGAAAAAUUCUAAAUUUGGAGGAUUCUGAAUUCCUGUUCUACAAUCAGUUAGUUCAUUGCACUCGCGGUUUGUCUUAGAAGAGGAAUCCUUCGAUGUCAUAAGGGGGGUGUGUGUGACUCCCUUUCUUCUUAUAUCAAAACAGAUUUAGCAAAAUAGAUUUGGUCUGGGAUGCCAACUGAGCUGUAAAGGAUAAUCUUUGAACGAUCGAUUAUCAUGUUUUGUCUUUUUCUCCAAGAGCAAUGACACAACCAAAAUCAAAUGUUGUAGGAAGGUGCAAGACUUCUUUUUGGGGAUUAAGCAUUGUUUCUUACCAACAGAACAAAAUAAGUCUAGAGGCUUUAGCCUUGGAAUAACCCAACAACCCUGAAAGAUGACUGCCUUGAUGAUAACCAUUUGAUGUCUUCUACAAUGAUUCUUCUUGAAAUAUUUAAAGAUCUAGUUUGAAAGUAUUAGCUUUGACAUGUAACCAUGCAUUUGUAAUUGUAUGAUUAUUGGUAUUGGAAUAAACUGAUAACUUACUUUGUUGAAGGAGACCAUUCACUUUUACUGAGUUGUGACUCUUUCAAUUGAAAUUGUCCUGCCUGCAUGAUUACCAAAGAAGUGAUGAAUACUUGUUUUGCAAAAUUAUACAUGAGAAAGGUGAUAAGAUGUUUGUUAACUGUAUAACAUUUUCAUCUUCAAAUUAGAUAAACAUAAUUAACCUUCUGUUAUUACAAUUCGCAACCAGGGGAAAGUGAUAUUCCAAGUGUGGAUGCACGGCCCUCAGAUGUCAUAACUUUAGCUAACAGAUGCAAGGCUUAUUGAGUUUUCAUCUCUGUUAAGCAUACUCAAAAGUUAUCUUCUUUUGGACUGCAAUUAGCAAUAUGCCUUGCAAUUUGCCUCUCUUACUCCUUGUACCCCCUAGCCUUUGGCCUCCUGUCCUCUCAGCUUUGCAUCCACUUGUGUUAUAGCUUUGAUUAGCUGUUAGCUUCUCCUAGGCUCUUGAGUGAAAUUUGUCAUAUGCAGGCUCCAACAUAUGUAAAUAAGCAAAUUGUCUUGGCAGAUGCUGUUAGAAUAGGCAGAGUGCAUGAUAGAAAGCCAACUUAUGAUGUAUUCCUUGACAGUGCUGCAGAUGGUCCAGAUUUAUUGUCUAAAGAACUGGAAUUGGUUAGAAAUAUUGAUUUAGCAGUCAAAGAGGAAAGAUAUGAUGAUGCAGUCUAAAAUGGACUUAUAAUUGCCUAUUGGUUGUUGAAGCAAUGUGGAGAGACUAGAUAAUGAAACUUCACAAUUCACAAGAUGAUCACUAGCUGCCCCUCAACAUAUGUCCACUCAUCUUUAGGUGCUGGUUAAUUGGCUUAUAGGCACUCUCUUUUUGGGAGUGCAAUGCUUGACCAAGGGUGUACGGAUAAAUCAUUCUGUUUGGUGGCAGCCCUGAUGACUGUAGUUCAGAUGUAGUUUGACAUCACCAGGGAUUUGUAGGAUGAACACUUGCCAGAAUGGAAGCUGUGGAGUCCUUUGGCCUAGCAUUUCUCAGUAAUAAGGUAGUAUGCUAGGAACUAUACUAGUGUAAUUUAAGAUGGUUGCUUGAAAGAGGGCGUGUACAGAUUCAACUUAUAGUGAAGUUCCUUAGUUUGAAACAUGUUAUCUACUUGAUUUGUUCAGAUAGCCAAAAUGUGAUAUAUAUUCAAUUUGCACAUUGAACUACGUGGAACAUGUUUGUAAUUAUUCUCAUGAAUAUCUGGAAAAGAAUAUAUACUCUGUUGGAAA